CUGCAGCCCUCUGGGGCUCUUUCGUUGUUCAUCCCGCCUGCCCUUGUGCUGCUGGUCCGGGGCUCAGGGGCGCUGCCGGGAUGCAGCUCUCAAACCCUCGCUCGCUUUUGCAAACAAAGGCUUGGCGGGAGGGAGCUCAGAUGUUGUUUUAGGAAGGGGGAGGGACGACAAGCAACACCCCCCCCCCUCUUCCCUCAUUUGGAAGCCUCCUCUCUCCCUUUGCAGAGGCGCAGGCGCAUCCCUCGGCCACCAACUCUGCCUUUGCCGCCGCUGGGCAGGGGUGGGCGGGCGAUGGAGCAGCCCCGGGCGCGCCCCGCGAAGAGCCGGUCGGGCCGCAGCGGCCCCUUUGCAAAGGGAGGAGGAGAAGGCUGAUGAAUAUGCAGGAAUGCCUCCGCUGCCGGGGAAGCCCACGCCCUCUCCUGCUCCGCUGCCAGCCAUCUGGCCGUGCCUAGAGCCCCUUCGCCUCUGGAGAGAGCAGAGCGCGCACCCAUUCCCGGGGCUGCUUCUUCCUCCUCGCCGGCCGGGCGCUGGGGGGGAUGUCCUGAGGAGCGGGGUCCCCUGCACGCGGCCGAGGGCUUCCCCGGGCACAGCAUUGGUUGGUUGGCAGAUUUCACUCGGGCCUUGACCCUCCUGGAUGAGAAAUGACCUGAAGGGACAGGGGCAUGGAGCGGCCUGACCUGCGAGGGGACGUAGCUUGAGAAGAGAGACCUGUAGCUAAGCACCGCUGGUGCCCAGCUGUGUCCUUGGCUGGCAGCCUGCUAUGGCCCGCUCCAGCCUCUGGAGCAGUCUCAAGUCCCUGCUGAGGAAGAAGGAGGACCCCUUGUUCUUGAAUGACUCCAGUGCCUUCGACUUCUCGGACGAGGCUGGAGAUGAGGACUAUCCCAGGUUCAACAAACUGCGCGUCGUGGUUUCCGACGACGCCCCCGAGGCCGUGGUGGACACUUCGGCAAACGGGGCGCACUUGGGACCCCAUUCCGACGACUCCUUGCCGGAUAGGGACGCUGCUUCUCAGAGGGAUCCUUGUAACAAUUGCGACAAACAGAGAGAACUGUUGAAACAGAAUUGCAAAAUAAUACCGUACGAUGCAAUAUGCCUUGCAAACCUAUAUGCCUUGAAACAAUGCCAUUCUUUUCUCUCUCCUCCCCUAGAGGUUUUGUCAGCCAUGUUCAGCGUCCUGCUGAUUUAUAUCCUCAUGGUUUUCCUCUUGUACGAAGCUGUCCAAAGGACCAUCCAUAUGGACUAUGACAUCAACGGGGACAUCAUGCUGAUUACAGCGGCUGUUGGUGUGGCAGUAAAUCUCAUAAUGGGCUUUUUGCUGAACCAGUCGGGCCACCUCCAUUCCCAUUCACACGGCCCUUCGGCCGUUCCUCUGUCCAGCUCUUCCAGCACAGCUUCCAGGCACGGGCACGGCCACGGCCACGGUAGCCUGGCGGUGAGAGCUGCAUUCGUGCACGCCCUGGGGGACUUGGUGCAAAGCAUCGGCGUACUUGUGGCGGCGUACAUCAUUCGUUUCAAGCCAGAAUACAAGAUUGCUGAUCCUAUAUGCACAUAUGUGUUCUCAGUACUUGUGGCUUUUACAACACUGCGGAUCAUACGGGACACGGGAAUAAUUAUACUUGAAGGGGUUCCAAGGCAUUUGAAUGUGGAUCACAUUAAAGAAGAGCUAAUGAAAAUUGAAGAUGUUCAUUCAGUGGAAUAUCUGAACGUUUGGUCUCUGACAGCAGGAAAAACUGUUGCCAUCGUCCACUUACAACUAGUUCCCAGCGGUUCAUCAAAGUGGGAGGACAUCUUGUCCAAGGCUCGACGGUUGUUGCUGAGCACUUUUGGGAUGUAUCAAUGCUCCGUCCAGCUUCAAAGCUUCAGGCAUGAGGAGAACAAAUCCUGCAUUAAUUGUCACAAUUCCAGUGCCUAACUUUCCACACGUUCUGGGGGUGUGUGUACUGCCUUAUUCUUUUUAUCUUGCCGUCGAGGUAACCACAGAGCAAUAACGCAAGAUGUACAAGCGGAACGGGGCCUCCUUGAUCCAACUAAUGAGAACAUUUCGAACUGGAGAAAGAAGAGUUGGGACUACCCCUUUAAUGAAGUUGUGCGCUCUCCCUCCCUCCCCUCCCCCCUGGCCACUGUUUAUUUUGCUAGGGUUUCCAUGCCAAGAUGUUUCCAAAAAAAACUGUUUACAGAUUACACUAUGGCUAGGCAGAUACCUCAGUAUACUUUUCCAUGUUGCCAAUUGUUAACUGCGUACUGGUAUUCCUACAUUCCAGAAGAAAAGGACAUUAGGCAUUAGUUACUUGAAUUUUUAAAAAGCUGUCAAGGUUGAUCAUGUUGUUGAUCUAUACAGUUAAAGGUCCCUGAACUGGCUGCACAGUAUUUUGCAUUUGUUUUUAAUUAUAAAACCCAGGUUUCUAAUACUUUGCCUACUCCAAUUAAAAAAGCAAAAUCGCUGUGAGGCUACCUGGGCCUUUUCCCUACAUUGUGCAUUCAUACAAACUUGAAUAUGCAUUGAAAGCAACUUUUACUGCAACCGGUCUUGGAAGUUUCAGCUUUAACCUAUCCAAAUCAUUAAAAGAUAAGCUUGCCAGUUGUUUAAUAGAAGACUUAGGGGCUGGACCCACAGCAUUUGAAAGGAUUGGCUGUCUUUCGUAUCUCUAGGCAUAGGAUUAAUAUCACAGGAAAAUAUAGAUAUUUAAUUUCUUUGAGUAUUAUAUUGACUUUGAGACGAUUCUUACUGCUAAUUUCAAGUAUCUAAACUAGCGUUUUAACCUGCUGCAGAGGCCGUUGGGUUUACAUGAUAUCUUGGUAGGAGCAAGUAUGCUGUAGGCAUCCUCUUCUAGCCGGUUUGCCCCCCCUGAAGGAGAAGGACCUUACAGAAACUAUAUUAAGGGCAACAAUUAAAUCAGUAGAUGUAACAUAGAUGUUCAGGAGAUGCGAGACUUCAGAUACGUUCUUGGAGAGUAGAAUUGUGAGAACCCGGGUUUCCUUUUCAUCUGUGCUUUAAUUUCCGGUUUUUUAAAUAUGGCAUUUGCAUGGUGAUGUCUGAAGUGUGCUGGUGAAACGUUGGUGAUUUGGUGAGCAGUGCUGCUUCGUGUUCAAACAGGGAGGCAUACCCACCAUCCAUUGCUUGUUCUGCUAGUAGCAGUUUUUGUUCAACAAAAUAACAACCUUCCUUUCUGACCUGUGUUGAAUGCAGGCAGUAAUAACCGCUUUGCAGGGACCAAAUUUGCAUUGGUUUCACCUUCAAAGUUGGGCUUGGAGAAAGGGGGAGUCAGAGAAAGAAGUGAGACAGAGAUAUUACUCUCAGAUCAUAAGUCAGCAAAGGACAACUUGAAUCAUAGUGUUAACAUUGCAAAAAAAAAAAACACCCUACAAAAAACAUAAUACCAGCAUUUAGUCUGCAAUGAUAUCACUGCAUCUAUAUCACUUGGAUCUUUCUAAAGAGACAUGUAUUCAUUGGGUAUAAGAAACUCAGUGUAAUUUUUGGCUAGUCCUGGGAGGUUUGGUCUUCGGCUAUGACACCUGAGGGAAUUGUCCUUUUAACCACAGCAAUAUUUUCCUCGGAAUGUUUUACUAGUUGAAGCUAGGACUGAACAGACCAAAAGAAAUAGUUUCAUUUUACCACAGAUGAUGACAGAAAGAACUGAGUGUUGAAGUACUAGUAUUUGACCAAAGUACCAAGAUUUUGACUUAUUGUGUCAUACAACAAAUCAGUAUCUAGUUCUACAUGAAUGGUUGUUAUAAUGUUGAAGACCAGUAUUUAUCCGCUGAUGAAGACCAGUCUUUCAAAAAUAAAAUUUACAGUAGUCAUUCCAUUAGGACUAUGUGGAUAUUUAUUCAGAGGUUUAUUAUUAUUUUUAAAAAACUAUCCAAUUGCCUAAUGGAAACCUAUCUUUUAUCAUUUUUUUCAAUCAAUCUUCUGAUGGAAAAAUAAAACUACUCAGAACAUGAUGGAAAGUGAUACUGCAGUUAAAUUUCUGAAAUGCUUCUUUGCUGGAUUUCUGAUGUAGCUUGUAUUUGAAGCUAGCCAAUACUUCUCUCCUUUCACUCGCCCCAAGAUAAAAUUUCAGUGUUAAUUUCAGUAAAGUGCACUAUGUUAUAUUUUCUUCCUAAACCAAGCCAAAAACCUACCCGAACACUUCCAUCCAGCACAGAGAUGAAGACCCGGUAUCUUUUUGGAAAUGUUGGUUUAUUUUCCUACACAACAAUUUAACACAAAGCCAUAUUACAGUUUGUCAGAAGGUAAAUUUGUGUAUCUCUUCUAUAUUACCUUUCUGGAAGUCAGAUAUUUUUGCACACAGUGGAUAUUCAUAAUGGAUAUUUCAUUAAGUUGGGGUUUACAGUAUAUGAGCUGGGGUAGAUCUGUACUGUCCUUGGAGGUUUUUAAUUGUAAUUAUUUACUAUAUAUUGUUUAAUGAAACAGACGUGUUGCUUUACUGUGGAUUUAUUAAAUCACUUAUUGAUA